AUGGUCCGCAUUACAGUUGCCGCUUUCUUUGCUUUCGCUGCCAUUGCGGUUGCCAUUACACCCAACAACGCCGGUGCCAAAAACGUCGGCGCGGGCGACGGCUCCCAGUUUAUCACGGGCGGCUGCGUUGCUAAUGCCGAUUGCGGCUCAGGCUGCUGCGCCGAUGCCUCUGGUGUCGGUGUCUGCUCCGCGGAGGCAGCGCAGUUUCAGAACGGAAAGAAUGGAUGCAACUUUGUCGAUCCUAAUGCAGAUGCUACGAUUGCCGCUGCUCAAGCCCAGGUAGCGAAGCAGGGUUUCAAGAGGGUCAUCAGGAACAGCGAGUAG